AUGUCUCCCAAGGCACGCGUUCUCAUCUACGUGCUACGCCGCGACCUACGACUCGCCGAUAACCCGAUAUUCCACGAGGUGUCACGACUCUUCCAGCAAUCCCAGCACCCAUUCACCCACUUUCUUCCCGUCUACACAUUUCCAGCCAACCAGCUCGAGGUUUCCGGCUUCAUAUCAGAUUCCUCAAACAAGUCACCAUACCCAGAGGCCAGAGCCCCAGUCAGUGGGUUCUGGCGAUGUGGUCAGCUCAGAGCCAAGUUUCUGGCAGAAAGUGUGUGGGACCUGAAGAAAGACUUGGAAAGAGUUGGCAGUGACCUUCAGAUACGCGUCGGCACUGUUCACGAUGCGGUCCGAAGCAUACUUCAAGGUUACAAGGAACACAACGAAGUGGACAUCGCAGGCGUUUGGAUGACCAACGAGGAAGGCGUUGAAGAGAAGAGGGAAGAGAAGGAUGUCAAGAAGCUCUGUAAGGAGUUCGACUCGGAGUUCAAGCUUUGGGUGGACGAGAAAUACUUUGUGGACGAGAAGACCGUCGAGCCUCUAAGGUCUGCACCGCGCAAGACCAUCCCAGCACCGUCCACCCUACCGCCUCUCCCUAAUCACAUUCCCCCACAAUCCGAGCCCUUUGAGAUUCCGGAUUCUCUAGAAGGCAUCAUGGCGGCCCUCACCAAGCCACUUGGAGACGAUCUCGGCCUUGCAAAUGUGGCAAAAUGGCCAAAGGGAGCAGAAUCCGCACAUCCAUACCUGGGUGGCUCAAAAUCAGGCCAUGAGCGCAUCGACCAUCUUAUCGAGAGUGGGAGCAUGACCGCAUACAAAGACACUCGCAACGGACUAUUAGGCCUGGACUUUAGUACAAAACUAUCUGCAUGGUUGGCUCUGGGGUGUUUCACAGCACGUCAAGUACACUGGAAGCUAGUCGAUUUCGAAGACGGAAAAACACCGCUCGGAAAAGAUGCUCCUGGAUAUGGCAAGGGUGAAAACAAGGGCACAGCCGCUGUACGCUUCGAGCUCUUGUGGCGAGAUUACAUGCGCCUGUGCACGCGCAAGUUUGGACCUCGCCUAUUCCGUGUGGAAGGCUUUAGGAACGAUCAGAACGCCUCAUGGAAGUACAUCUCUAGCCCCUUCAGCGAUUCUACCGACAAGAAGAACAAAGGCGGGAGCAAUGACGAUGAUACUGCUGCAGCUGUACUGCGCUUUGUUACAGGCCGGACUGGUACUGGUCUCAUCGAUGCUAGUCAGCGCGAACUCUUCUUGACCGGAUAUACCUCGAACCGCGCAAGACAAAACGUUGCAAGCUACCUAUCCAAGCAUCUUGGAGUGGAUUGGCGCAUCGGUGCAGAGUGGUACGAGUGCAACUUGAUCGAUUACGACCUUUCAAGCAACUGGGGAAACUGGCAAUACGUAGCCGGCGUAGGCAACGAUCCUCGCGGCGAAUCGCGCGUCUUCAACCCUGUCAAGCAAGCUCUGGACUACGACUCACAAGGAGAGUACAUCCGCACGUGGGUCGAGGAACUCAAGGACGUCAAAGUAGGAUCCCAAAGCGAAGGCACGCAAGAUUCGCAAAACUUGAUGGGUGUCUUCCAAGCAUGGAGAUUGCCAGAGGAAGAAAAGAAGAGAUUGGGCAUACAGUCUGUGGAGUGGGUGCAGAAGCCUUUGGUAAAGAUUGAUUUCUCGCUCAACAGACGAGGUGGUGGUAGUAAGCGUGGCCGGGGCAAUGGACGUGGUGGACGUGGAGGAAGCCGUGGAGGAAGAAACGAGAAAAGAGGUACGCCCGAGAAGGCACAUGCAUAA